AUGUCCACUUCAAAAGUCUCUCUUCCAAAUUCUCGCCGCGAUGCAAUCUUUAGGCAGAUAAAGCACAAAAAUGGCAACAACGUGUGUUUUGAAUGUGGAACACCAAAUCCGUCAUGGGCGUCGAUUCCAUAUGGUAUUUUCAUCUGUAUUCAAUGCAGUGGUCAACAUCGUGGAUUGGGUGUUCAUCUUUCUUUUGUCCGUUCGAUAGAUAUGGACACAUGGACAACAAAACAAAUGAGUAACAUGAUCAACGGGGGCAAUGACAAAUUUCGCACCUAUUUAAAGGAGCACAAAGUCAACAUGUCAGCCCCAUGGGAAAUGCGAUAUUCCCUUCCUUGUUGUGAGAAGUAUAAACAAAUGUUGACCGACAUCGCUGACGGGAAACUCACACCAAAUGCUAUUCAAGUCACUGCAACCGCUCCUAUCACACCAACACAACCAUCGCCAGCUCCAAAUUCUAAAGAAGUUGAAAUCCCAUUGAGUUUACUUGAGCAACACGUCAUUAAAACAACUAAAAACAAGAAGGACGACAAGAUGCAGACAGAAGUGAGUAAAGCCAAAACCCCAAUGGGGACGUCUUCGAUCGACUGGAGUACUAUUGGCAAUGAAGAUAAAAGUAAAGACAAGACUGAAGAUGACGGGUGGGACACUUGGCAGACCCGACAGAAGAAGGCAAACACCCCGAUGUUGUCCGCCGACUAUUAA